UUGUCCUGGAUUUUUACAGUGGGACAGUUCAGGACUGAACAUUACUGGUUACUAUCCAUGAGAUUACAUGUUACUUUCUCAGAAUAUUGAAAUAAAUUUUCUGGAAGAAAAAGGCUCUGCCCUUAAGAAGCAUUAAAGUAACCUUCACACUCUUCUAUGCUUUGCUUCUUGCAGAGGGACUGGACCCUAAGCUAUUGAGAGACGAUUGUUUUUGAUUUUACUCUAUUGCUAACGUUUGGCCAGGACCUAUGUAAUGCACCAGUUUGACAUUAUGAAGCUUACCAGAAAUUGAACUAUAAUCAAACCACCCUACCCUCUGAGGACAAAAGUACAAAGCCAAAUAAGAUGGAAUUGAGUGACUUUGUUCACUUCCUCUGCUGCCAUUGCUAAAACUACAGGCAGAACACAAUUGUAAAACAGGGCAGAAAUAGUUAACAAUUAUCUAGCAAUGAUUGUUGCUAGAUAAUUGAUUAUUCAUUAUGCUAGAUAAUGAUUAUCUAGCAUUAAUUAUGAUUAUGUAUGUGCAUAAAUUCAUAAUAACAUUUUUAAACAAUCAAUAAUAUGGACAUUCAGUAGCAGUAAAUAGUUUGGUUACAUUAUAGAAGGAAUAAUAAUAAUAUAACAGUGGAAGUCUUUCAUACCACAUAUUCUGAAUUCAUUGACCCCUUUGUUUUUUCUAAUAUGAAUGAACAAGUUUUUGAAAAAAUACUUGUACACAGAAGUUGUGAUGGAUCUAGAACAUCAGCAAUGCAAUUAAGGUACAGAUGGACAAGUCUGCACAUUAGGAAGCCUUUAUCUCUUCCGUAAAUUAUUCAUCAUUAAAAACCAUUAAUAUUUAACCACAGACUCACAGGGUACUUCCCUGGAAUCUCUGAGCUAAUCCUUUGCUUAUGUUUUUAUGUAAGUAUGUUACUCCAUGUCAGACAAAGAGUUAGAAGUCUGCAUGUUGAGAGUUACACACAGACACACACACUGUGAAGGAGUAGCAACAUUAUGAAAUAUGAGACUGUUUAUUCGCUCCAUGGAGAUAGAGAAAUAAAACGGCUACCUUAAGGAUCAUAAAUGAACACGACUCUCUAUGAAGAGGUGUGACCCAGAACCCAAAAACAUGUCUUAAAGAAACUGAACCCAUGUCUAACUUACUGAAAAACGCAUGACACCCAACCUAAUUCUGCAUAUGGCCUUUAAAUAGCAAUCAGUAUAACUACAGACCUGGGUGUUACUAUUUACAGAUUCAGAAGUGAGCAGACGUAGGAGAGCACAUUUAAUCUAGUCCUGUCUAAGGCUCCCCAUUAAGGAUUGCUACAAUGAGACUCAAGCAUGUAGGAAAGAGGAUAACAGACAUGGCAGAGGGGGUCGCCGACAAGAGAGGAAAUGGAACAGAGGAAGCUAGAAAAAUCAACUAGGGGAGUGGGAGAAAGGAUCGGAGGACCGUAGAGAAAAAAGAAAAAGCAAGGGAGUGGAAACCUUAUACUGGAAUAGCCGACAACUAGAUCCGUAGACUCCACCCUUCUCACCCCUCCCCUUACUCUCUCUCUCUCUCUAUCUCUCCCCUGCUAUCUCCGUCUCCCGCUCUCUCUCUGAAACAGUCUCCCCGUCUGUCAUUUGACCAGGCAGUUCACAGAGGCGAGAGCUCAGCACCAGAGAGAAAGCAGAGGCAGGAAAAACACAGAGAGACAGGGAGAAGAGAAUACACGUUCAGUGUAAUGAUGAGCUCGCAGGAAUAUUUCACCACCUUUUAAAAAGAAAAAAAACAAAACAAAAAAAACAAAUCCCCUGCUGGUGUGGAUUCCCUCUUGCCUGCUUCUUUUGAGGACUGCCAGUGUCUUGGAUGUGGGCUCCAGCACUGUUAAUAGUCAACUGAGGAGAAAAAAAGGGGAGAAGAAGGAGGAAAAAGAAGAACAAGAAGAAGGAGGAGGAGAAGAAGAAGAGGAUCAGCUGACACCUUUUUUUUUUUUGAGAUUUACACUUUUGCUGGAGUAAAGCUGAAAAAGAGAGGUGGGGGGGAUAGAGACUGAUUGCUGGGCCCCAUGCCCACCUCUGCUCAUGGUUCAACAGCAUGAAAGGGGGCCACCACCAUCACCAUCGCCACCACAGAGGCUGUGGCUGCCAGCACUUGUUCCGAAAAAUCCUAGUUAAGUGUGGCUGCUGCUAUGCCAGAGUCAGAGACUCGUACUCGGCAGCGGGCAGCGAGGGCAGCAUUUCCACCUCUGUGGCGUCGCUGCCACCACAGCCUUCAGGCAGCUCGGCCCCCAGCUCACCGAGCUCCAGACGCUCUGUUAGCGCCCUGACGAAGUGGCUUACCAACCCUGUGCGCAAACUCAGCGCUGGAUCCACCGUCAAGGGGGACCGCCAGGUCCGGAAACUUGAGGGAAAAACUCCGCCUCUUUCAUCCCAGAGCCAGGAACUUUUCAGCCCAGUGAGGCCCGAUGAAGCGUUCACCAUUCUACCUGUCACCCACAGAGAACAAGAGUGGAAAGAUGGCCUGGCCAGCCCUGAGGACCUGUCGCCAGAAUCCCUGCAGCCAUCUGGUUUCAUGACUGCCUUGCCGGUGGAUUUCACAGCACUGCCAAACACACAGGACACUCAGUCUGCCGGUCUUCCGCCCAAGGACAGCGAUUCCGUCUUGAUGGACGAUACCUCCAGCCAAUGGUCCGCUGUGGCUGACACCGAAGAGGAGAGGAGAAGUGCCUUCGAGAAAAGCAUGUAUGUACUGAAUGAGCUUAUAGAGACAGAGAAGGACUAUGUGGCAGACCUGGGGCUCAUAGUGGAGGGCUACAUGGCUACAAUGAGUUCCAGAGGUGUUCCAGAGGGUCUGAAAGGAAAGGACAAGAUUGUAUUUGGAAACAUUCACCAAAUAUAUGACUGGCACAAAGACUACUUCCUGGAAGAGCUGGAGAAGUGCUUGGAGGAGCCAGAAAGCCUGGCUCUGCUCUUUAGUAAACAUGAGCGACGUCUCCAUAUGUACGUUGUCUACUGCCAGAACAAGCCCAAGUCGGAACAUAUUGUCUCAGAGUACAUUGACACCUACUUUGAGGAGCUCCGACAGCAGUUGGGACAUAGACUGCAGCUCAAUGACCUGCUCAUCAAACCUGUCCAGAGGAUCAUGAAGUACCAGCUUCUGCUGAAGGACCUUUUGACGUAUUGUAUCAAAGCUGGGAAGGACACUAAAGAGUUAGAGAAAGCGGUGGAAGUGAUGUGCUUGGUGCCAAAACGUUGCGAUGACAUGAUGAAUGUGGGCAGAUUACAAGGCUUUGAGGGAAAGAUCACAGCCCAGGGCAAGCUGCUUCAGCAGGAAACUUUCACUGUCACAGAGCAGGACAGUGGCUUUCUAUCUCGAGCCAAGGAGAGACGAGUCUUCCUGUUUGAGCAGCUGGUAAUUUUCAGCGAGCCCAUAGACAAGAAGAAAGACUUCUCCAUCCCUGGAUACAUCUUUAAAAACAGCAUCAAGGUUAGCUGCCUGGGGGUGGAGCCCAGUGUUGAUGGCGAAGAUACGCGUUUUGUACUGACCUCACGAAACCCAGAUGGGAGCAUGGUGCGGUACCAGCUGCAGGGCUCCUCCGCUGAGAUCUGCAGAGCUUGGGUCAACGACGUGGUUCAGAUCCUGGAAAGUCAGCGCAACUUUCUUAAUGCCUUACAAUCACCAAUUGAGUAUCAGCGACGAGAGAGCAAAUCCAAUAGCCUGGGCCGCAGCAUGAGGCCCCCUCUGUCUGCUGCGAGCGCCCUGAGGCCCCACUCAUCUGCCUCCAUCGACCGCAACAAGCUUCCCUCCCUCCGCUCUCACAACACCUCUCUGCCAACGCUCUACCUGCCGAGCCAAAGCCAGAGCCAAGGGCCGAGCGAGAUGUCCUCGGUGAGGGGCGCCACUCCGGUCCAGCCAUGCCCUGAUGACUCCCACUCUGCUUCACCAUCACACGUCCGAGUGGGUCUCUCUGAUCAGUCAAACUGUCCAGCUGUAUCAAAUGGGCUGUACACGCCGGCCGCUCAGGGUGCACAGCAGAGAGCAGUAGAUGGUCUCCGCAGAGGCUCUGCUUCUGAUGUGGUGUCAGGCCCCUCAGCCCGACGACGUUCCAGCAACCUAGCCCAGCUAGCUGAAGACGACAUGUGAACUCUUCUGAAUCAGGAGGACAACAGCUAACUAAUGCUGUGAAGACACCAACUGUGUACUUGUUCGCACACCUGAGGUGUCUGCUUGUUGCGGGACUUCCUAGGAAGCUGAAAUAUAAAGGAGCUGUGGUCUAUAUAUAUAUCUAUAUAUAUCUAUAUAUAUAGAUAUAUAUAGAUAUAAAGUGCUUGGCUCCCUUUUAGAGAGCCACUUGAAAGGGAGGUGAUGUGGCCUUGAUCACCUCCAGUGAGCAGCGAGAGCAUCCAACGCGAUGCUGUUAGGCUCAGAAUUAUAAAACACUCCUUGAUAUGACAAUUUCUGCUUUCUACCUUCUGUUUUUUUUUGUUGUCGUUUGUGUGUUUGUUUUCUUUUGAAGAGUUUGUAUUCCUCUCUUUGAAAGGGAUGGAGCGAAAUCUUGGAUGAUUCCAUUCCUAAUUGGGGCAAUCACUGGAGCUAAGUGUGUGCCUGAAUGUGUGUUUGUGACAAUGACUUGUGGAUAUGUUGGUGUACAUGAGAGCGGGCAAGGAGCGCCUCUUCUUGUUUCCUCUGCAAAUUUCUUUAAGUUUCAUUCUGAUACCCUGCGAUGGAGACAACCCCAUUUAUAUUCUUUUUUUUAAUUUUUUUUUAUUUUAUUUCCCUGCUGUCACCUGAGUUUGCUGUUUAUGUUAACAAGAACGGGAAAGCCGGAACAUUUGACGUGGUCAUCGCAAGAACUUUAUUUUCUCAAAUUUCAUUGAAGAGUGAGGAACUUUCUUUGUUGCAACAGUGUUGAGGGGCGCCCUGUGUGCUCCAAUAUUCUGUUUGACCGGCCUCCCUUUGAUCUGGACAAGAAGGCAUAAGGGAGCCCUCUGGAGGUUCUCUGUGGGUAUGACGUCACCCCAGGUUUCUUUUUUCCCCUCUUCGGGCAACUCCUCAACAGUUGAAAACGCAUCCUUAGAGACUCACCCGAAGUGUUGCAUGCAACAUCUCCGAGGUCGUCACUGACUCGAGCAAUGCCACAUUACACCUAUAUUUUGUGAUCCUUAAAUAAGAAUUGAUUU